AGAGGGAGGGUAGGGCCAGAGCCGCGGUCAGGCCUGAAUGCUGGUGCCCUCUGCUCCCCAGCCUAGCCGUGGCCCCUGGCAGCCAGGGCUGGUGCUAUCAGUGGAGCAGAGGUUGCUGUUUGCUCAGCUGGGUGCUAAAGCCGUGGGUUAGAGCAGGGAUCGGUGCCACCUCCCUGGGCGGGUAAGGAGAGAGCAGCUGGGCUACCGGCCCCCCACCCCCGAGCUGGCCAUGGGUCUCCAGGAAAUGCUCGGGGCCCCAAUGCUGUUGCAUGCUGCACCUAGGCAGCGUUUGUGUGUCAGCCAGGAGAAGCCGGGCGGGGGCAGGGAGUUCUGCACGGGGAGGCACUCCAGUGUGUUGCGCUUGGAGCCAGGACUCCUGGGUCCUCUCCCCAGCUCUGCUGCUGGGAGGCCUGGGGCAAGCUACUCCCUUGCUCCGUGACUGGGUUUUCCUAUGGGAAGGGUGGCUAAUAACACCCCUUCUGCUGCACCCACCCAAGUCCCUUUCCUGGAGCAAUGCGCUCAGUGGGGGUCUCUGGGGCCUUCUCUCUGUCGCCCUCCUGCAGAAGCUGCGGUACUGCCUUGCUUAGGGCUGUCAGCAAUGCUGAGAUGCUGUUCAAACAGAGCCGCCGGCAGCUCUGGGCCUUUGUGCGUCUCUUCGAAAGGCCACACCCUAGUCAAUGCAGCUGGCUGGCCGUCCACGUGUCCCUGGCUUUCCCCCUGGUCGCAGGCAUCCUUUUCAUCCCAGCCGUGGCCAACCUCCUGCUGGCCAGCUUCACGGACCCCGGGAUCCUUCACCGAGGGGCCGAGGGCCGGGCCGGGUUAGUGAUCCAGGCGCUUCGUGUCAAGGAGAGACGCUUCGAUCUGCACUGGUGCCAAAAGUGCCAGUACUACUGCCCGCCACGGACCUUCCACUGCCCCUGGUGCAACGUCUGUGUGGAGGAGUUCGACCACCACUGUAAGUGGCUGAACAACUGCAUUGGCUGCCGCAACUUCCGCUUCUUCUUCCUGUUCGUGGCCUUCCUGUGCGGCUACAACGUGGUGGUUCUGGCUUCCUGCAUCACCUACCUGGUGCUCAACUCCCACCAGGCCUAUGGCGCCGAGAAGAUCUGUGCCAUCAUGGUGACCAUCCCAGCCGCUCUCUACCUGCUGCCCCUCUUGAUCCUGGUGGGAUCCCAGGCCAGUUUCAUCACCCUCGCUAAACGCACCUAUGAGCUCAAGCUUCGCGAGGAGAGCAGAGCGAAUCCCUUCGACCUGGGAUGGGCCAGGAACUGGUACGCGGCCCUGUGUGCCCCACAGGGACCCAAGUACAUGGUUAGAGCUGCCGAACCCAAGGCAGCGACCCGCAGGGGCAGGAAGGCCCCCGUGGCCCGGCUCCUUCCCCAGAUGUCACGCCUGAACACGGCACCUCCUGGACUCUCAUCCCACCGCUGCCCCCAGAACCUGCCUGGCCAGAGGCGGGCAGCCCAGGCUGGUGCCAAGGGGACCUGGUGGCCGGCAAGCCCAGAGAGGAAGACGAACGUGGCGAUGACAGGCACGGCGGAUGGCGGAGGAGGUGCACACUGGAAAUCCCAAAUACACAGCAGCAACAGAGCGGUCUCGCCCACGGCCGCGCUCCUUUCAGUGUCUGACCUUUAAAGGGACCCCUGACGGCACCUCCUGGUUUAUUCCAGGCACGAAGGUUCCCCAAGAGAAAACCCUGGACAAACUGAUGAAUAAAGUUUCU